UGCGGAGUCACUGCGCGAGAGGCGGCGGACGGACGCUAGCCGCCGGCAGUGUGGUCCGCGCGCUCGGCAGCGAGAUGCGCGUCUCGUGCCCGGCCGUGAUCGCGUGCGCCGUGCCGUACGCGGUGCCCGCGCUGCAGGCGGCCGUGUUCCGCACGCUGAUGCGCUCCGACUGGUACGACCGCCUGAGGAAACCCCGGUGGACGCCGCCCCGGUGGGCGUACGCGCCCGUCUGGAGCGCGCUCUACGCCGGCAUGGGGUGCGCCUCGUACCUCGUCUGGAGGGACGGCGCCGGUUUCCAAGGCCCGGCGAGGCUGCCCCUGGUGCUGUACGGGUCCCAGCUGGUGCUCAACUGGCUGUGGGGACCCAUCUUCUUCGGGGCGCGCAACAUCCCGUGGAGCCUGGUCGACAUCACGCUCCUGUGGGCCAACGUGGCGGCCUGCGGCUACUCCUUCUACGGCAUCAAUGCGGUCGCCGGCUACCUCUUCGUGCCCUACUUCCUGUGGAUGACUCUGGCGACUGACCUCAAUUACCAGAUCUACAAGCUCAACUGCACGGAUAAAGGCAGCAACGACUAGGGUACCGAUCUGUAAAAUCCGGAGUCCCGUGGUGGCUAGCAGGUUUGGUAGGGUAUACGGUACUGAGAAAAUGUUAAAAAAUGUUCUCUGCUUCCUCCUCUCGUAAGUGUUCUCGCUCAAUUCGAUCGUAUAUACUUUCUUAAUAUCUGGCAAUGUGGUGCUUUAUCUACAAACAACUUUUCACUUAUUAUGCUGCGAUUUUAUGAGCCGAGCCGAUCAGAAGUUAAAUUGAUGGAGCACGUAAGUGACCCCUUCUUUCACGUACCGAUGGUGAAGAUAUAUCGAUACCAGUGGUGAAGAUAUUUCUUUCCGUAACACUCCACCUACAUUCUAUUGCCGUCGUUUGACUUUCUCUCGGUAAUCUCGUACGUGCACCUGUUAAGGAGAGUGUAACGUGCAAUUCUACAAUAAAGUCCACAGCAAAUAUUCUCUCUUUGCCACUCAUAAUAGCCUGCUGCUCAAAAUAUAUAUAUUUAUUUCAUACUUUUUUUAAUUCAAUUUGUAAUUCAGAACAGGAAGUAAAAUCAGAGCCUAAAUAUUAUUUUAUAGUUUCCUGUUACAAAUUGGAAUGACAGACAAGUAACUUUUCACUAACCAGUGAGAAUCAGACCAUCAGUCUUCAAACCACAAUUGAAAGAGAGAGAAGAAACAAUUACGGUAACUUGAGGUAGGCCCAGCUGUUAAUGGUAGUGGUAAUUCGUGUAAUACAAUACAGCUGGCACACUCCAGCAUACGAUCUAUCCCGUGAGGCUGUUACUAAGCUGACAGUCCUCACGACAGACUGUGGAGAUCACUUAUAGUUCCGUACGCCACGUCUCGUAGUGACCGGUCCGUCAGUAAUGCGCGGGCAGUUACACCUUUCUGAGAAACACGUGGACAGGAAAGUGUUAGUAAAUACUGAAUGAGAUAUCCUUCAAUCACUCCGUGUUUAUCCUUCUCACAUCAGAUGUUCUAACCUUAUUCUAACCCUACAUAUGCUUAAAAUUUUUUACUGUGCAUCAUAAUGUGGAGGCCUUACAAAUUUAAGGAAUCAGCUUAAUUUUUUGAACAAAAGCAGAUUUUCAUUUGUGUACUUGUAGAUCAACUUGCUGAAUAUUUGUGCUGAUCGAGCAUUAUGUAAAUUUGUGCUAAACAGUGCCGACAUACUGAGAGAGGUGCGGCAGGAGAGCAGCAGUUCAAAUCCUCGUCCAAACACCCAGAUGUACGCUUCUUGCGGUUUCCCUAGAUUACUCGCGCCUCUUUCGUGCAGUGCUGCCACUACAGCAAUGUUUUGUGCUGUGUGCUGGGUACUUACCCCAGUGUGGACAGGAAUCUUUCUUUCCUAAAAACAAGUUGUCGGUGGUACCCACAACAGACUGCUAACUACCUUGCAACUCGUUCUAAAUCCUCCCACGAAGUGUUCGGACAUAGGUGGUGGAGACUACAGCAAACACGAUUAUUUGAUGGUAAAGGCUGGUAGCAGGCACAACAAAACACUAGCCUUCUCACUUGUACCAAUACAUAACCAAAGAAUCCAGUUCUCAGAAAAUGUUUUGCAAUAUUCUUAUACCAAUUGGAACAGUAAUGUUCACGAUUCUUAAUUGUAACACCACCGAAAAUAUUUAGUGUACUAGUUUCGCAUUAUUCGUAUACCGAUUGUAACAAUAAUGUUCGUGAUUUUUUACUGUAACACCACUAAAAAUAUUUAGUGUAUUACCAAUUUAUCUUCUACUAAUAACGUAACAAAACAAUAUUUCUCAAAACUAUCUGAUACUUACAACAGGAAGUAAACUUUUAAUCAGUCAUCUCUCAUAUGCCUAAGAUACCACAUGCCUCAGACAAAUGAUAGUGAUAUCUUAAAACUUUUGUUCUCUUGCAUUUUGUAUUUAAUCAUUGAGCAGUAAAGGGAAGAAAUAAUUCUCAAAAUUGCUUACAGGAAUUUUUAAGCUAUGAGCCCUUUGUAUUCUUUAUUUCUUGUCUAUUAUUCUUGUUGUUAGCAAUUUACAAAAAUAUUUUGAUGUUUGUACAAAAAAAAAAAUCAUUUUAAAUGUACAUGUAGUAGUAGGAUAUGUCCUUAUAAUAAUGUUAUUUUCACAAUAAAUUUUAUUAUACUGUUCUCACAAGCUAUGUCAUUUCAUUGUGUAGUUACAAAUUCAGAAGAAACUUAGCUGAUGCAUGUCAGCAGUUUGAGGUGUUCAUUUUCUGAUGGAGCACAGUUUCAUGUAACAUAAAAAAGGUAACUACAACAUUUUUAUUCGAGAAUGUCACCAAAAUCUGCACUUUUGCUGAAAUGUAGAGCAGUGAAUAACUAAAUUUGACAGGUGCAAAAUGUGAAAAGAAAUAAUACUGGUAUUAUUUGAA